GAAUUUUAUUAGAACUUACACUUUUUUUUUCGUUUUAUUAUAAAAAGAAAAAUAUAUAUUUUUCUCUUAUUUAGAAGAAGAAAAAUCUACUAACAAAACUCUAGUGUAUUCCAAAUAAUCUAUAUCCCACUUUAUUCUAUGCCAUCAGUGCGCAAGAGAUAGAACUCAUCCAAACUCGCUGCUCCAUCAAACAUAAAAAUAAAAAAUUCUAUAAUACCAAAAGCAAGAGCAAGAGUAAGAGAUGACCAGCACCAUAGCACAGCACAGCACCAGAAGUGCCAGUGAAACAGAAACACAGUGGAUGAGAGUGGAGUGCAAGUGCAAGUAGUUUUUGGAUUGUAGUUCAAAUCAAAACUAGAAAAAUAAAAGAAAAUAAAAUAAAGAAUAAUUUCUCUCGCACCAGCCACAGAAUCCAAUAAAAUAACAUUUCAAAAUUAAAAAACACAGAAAAUUAUAUUUUUCUCUCUAACCAGGGAAAAACACGCAGAAUUUUAUAUUUUAUUUUUUCCUUCUCCGUGUUCCGUCUUCAUCUUCGUCGUCGUUGUCAUCGUCGUCGUCGUUGUCGUAGUCGUCGUCGUUGAUGCCGUUGUCGUCUUCAUCGUUGCCGUUGCCGUUCGCCGUUGUCUUGACUUGACUCGACUUGAUGUGUGCUGGCCUCUGCUGGUUAUCGACUCGUCAAAAACUCUACAAGAGCAGCACCAGCAGCAGCUCAGCUCCCCUGCUUAACCAACAACCUACCAACCAACCAAACCAAGUGUGUGUCAUUAGUUUUGUGUGUCAAAUUGAAAAGAAAAAAAUAUAUUUUUAUUGUUUUUAGUCGAGCAAAAGCAACAAAAAUAAGCAAAAGAAAGACCAGCCUCCGAAAAACGACGACAAUCUGACAAACGGACAAACAGUGCGAACUGCGAACAAAACGCGAUAAAAAAAAACAGUUAAAAACAAAAAUAGGCUCGAAAUAAAAAUAAAAAUAAAAACCACGACAAAACAACGAGUUAUCGAAAAAAUCCAAAAUAAUAAUAAAAUUGAAAAUAAAAGAGAAGUGAAGUAAAGUAAAGAGAAGAGAAGGUGGCAAGGAGGCGACAUUUUUUCACUGCUGCUUGUUUUUCAAAUUCUGCUUCUGCUUCUGCUUAUUGGAGGAAGCAGCAAGGGAAGCAGGCGCUGCGCUGCGCUGUCGCUAUCGCUGUAGCUGCCGCUGCGGCAGCAUUGGAUGAAAAGGAAGAAAUUGACGACGACGAGAGCGACACGAAAGCUCGCCAUUCAUUGCCUUCGUCUUUGACUUCUUCGCCACAAUCGUCGACAUAUUUUUGUGAAGUUUUAGGUCUAGGAGUGUGUGAAUCAGUGUGACAGUGCCUGACCCAGAACCAGAACCCAAAAUAACAAUCAAGAACCAAAACAACAUUUAAAAAAUUUUGACAGUAUGGCAAAUCCGCGCAAAUUUAGUGAAAAGAUCGCUCUGCAAAAACAAAAACAAGCCGAGGGCACGGCAGAGUUCGAGAAAAUCAUGAAAGAGGUGUUCGCGACGAAGAGAGACGAGCCUUUGUCCACUUCUCAGCAGCGCAUCGGUUGUUGUCUGAGUCCCGAACAGCAACAAUCUUCUGGUGGCAAUUCAGGUGGUGGAAUUCCGAUUCCCGGUAGUGGUGGAGGGGGAGGAAAUGGAAAUGGAGGAAGUGGUUCGCCAACAGCUUACAGGGAAUCCCGUGGUAGGAGUGUGGGAGUGGGUCCUAUGCGAAGACCCUCGGACCGCAAGACAGAUCGUUCCCCGUACAGCAAUCAGGGGAUCUAUCUCUCGCCACCCUCGAUGGACAACAAUUGGCGUCGCUCUAACUCAGACUCGGCCAUCCACCAGAGUCUGAUUCUGGGCCCAGAGAACCCCAUCUACGGUACGUCACCGCAACAGCAACUUUAUCUGCAGCAACAGCAAUAUCAUCCGAACCAGAGAUCUCAUUCCCCUGCCGCCUCCGUGGGCCACAGCCCGAUAGCACAAAGGAGAAAACCACAACAGCACAUGGUUGCGACACAGCACUCGCACAGCAGCAGCAAUCUGCAGCAGAUGCAGAUGCAGAACCAACUCAAUCACCACAAACUGAACCACCAACAACAGCAACAACAACACCAACAGAAUCACCAACAGCAGCAGCAGGUACAGAUGAACCACCACAAUAUGCAUCCACACCAACAGAGUUCGAUGGUUAAGUCGUCGCAGUUGCAGUUCAAUGCAUGUGGGCCGACAAAUAGCGUGUAUAAGACGCUGCAGGAGCAGGCCAUGGCUAUGGCAAAUACGGGUUCGCUUCCCGACCUCACCUCCGUGCAUUUCUCGAAUGUGCCAUCGCCUUCACCAUCCGCCAUCACACAGCACAAUAUGCGAAUCGAACGCGAGCAGUCGCAGAGCCCGUUCAGCAAUCAAUCGUACCAAACGCAGCAGUCGCAGUCUCAACAACAACAACAGCAGCAACAACAACUGCAUCAACAGCAACAACACUCUCCUGGCGGAGGCCAGUCGCAUUUGUCCUUUACAAACCUCCCCGUGAUGGUGAAUCAAUCGCCCAACAACAUAUCAUCGACGCUACACAGUUCAUAUGGAAAUCUGCCCACAACCGGAGGAGGCGGUGGCGGUGGAAGCAUAUCUCCCGCCACGAACAACGUAGCGACCAGCAGUAGCAAUCUGACGGAAUACCGGAAUCCUCAGCACCAUAAUCCGCCCUCGCCAGCGGGUUCAGCCAGCCCCGGUCUGAUGGUGGCGAAUUCGCCUCACGACCUGCACAACAGUGCCCCCAACAGUCCAAUCCGACACAACCAGCACCAACAGCAGCAACAAUACAGCGACAAAAACAUUCAAACUUACGACAGGUUCUCGCCCAGCGGCGACUACAGCAACGGAAGCAACAACUUGAAUCCCUCGUUUCACAACCACUUCGCGGAAUUCUCGCUGGUGGACACGGCGGCGCAGAGUGAGUCCCAGUACAUCCCGACCAGCCUGCAGCAGGACCUCCACUCACCGCACAAUAGUUACUCGCAGUCGCUGCAAUUCGACGACUCCUUCUUCGGCCAUCACCAGCAGUUCAGCACUGAGAAUGGCAAUGGUGGCAGUGGCAGCUCGAAGGUCGUCAGUGGAACGAACACGAAUAGCGGCGGAAACAGCGGCGGUGAUCCUUAUCUGAGCUUGAGCAACCAGAAUUCACUUAACAACUGCAGUAGCAGUAAUCUGGGUCCUAGCAGCAAUAGUGGCAACGCUGGAGGAGUUGUCGUCGUUGGCAGUAACAACAACAAUUCAUCGUCGUGUCAGACAGGAGGAGCGGGGACGGCCAGUGCCAGUUGUUCGCCCCUACACAGCCCGCACAGUCCCAAUCCGCAUAGUCCCAGUAACAACAACUCGAACUUAGUCAAUGACAUUUCAUCAAUAGCACAGCAACAGCAGCAACAAAAGUCUCAUCAUACGAACGACGGGGGCGGCGGCGGAGGUGGUGGAAUGCCCAACAACACCAGUUCCAACAUGCACAACUCCACCACGCCCACCUCGACGACGCCCAACAUCCCGUCGAUUGUGUUCUCUGACUUCUCAUCCACCGACUACUCCAAGGAAAUCUUCGACACUCUCGACUUGGACCUUGGCCAAAUGGAUCCGGCCGGUUUGCAGAUGCUCUCCGAUCCGAGUUCCAUGAUAGCAGAUCCCAACAUCGAGGAUGGUUUUCGGAGAGACCUCAACUGAUGGGAAGAACACGAACACGAAGACGAACUAGAAGAAGGCUUACAAAAAAAAACAGCAGAAACAGCAAACACAGGUUAAGGAUCGCUUAAUUAAUUGGAACCAAUUAUUAGUCUUUAAGCUAAGCAACGAGAGGAGCAGCAGAGAUAUAAAGUAGAUAGAUAGAUAGAUCAUAGAUAGCGGAACAGGAAUGGGUACCCUACGACGACGACCGAGCGAGAAGCAAAGCGAAGCGACAAGAGAAAAAACGCCCAGCACCACGUUUUUAAAUUUAAAUUUAAUUAUUUUUCAAAACAAAAACAAAAAACAACAAAAAAAAACGAGAUAAAAGUUUCAAACUUUAUUAAAUUUAAGAUUUUAAAUAAUUAAAUAUAAAUAAAUAAAAACAAAAAAAA